AUGCCAAGGGCUAAUAUAAAGAAAAAUUUUUUUUACAAAGGAAGAGAAAGGACUGUUGAUGUCAACACAUAUGAGUCCGGAGAUUUUGCAAGCUUACUGCUAUCACAAAAUGUUUUACGAGGCUUACGAGAUGCUGGAUAUAUUAAACCAUCUCCGAUACAAUUAAAAUCAAUUCCAGUCGCACGUUGUGGAUUAGAUCUAAUCGCACAAGCGAAAUCUGGAACUGGCAAGACGUGCGUAUUUGUCGUCGUUGCUUUAGAAAUCGUUGAUCUAACUAUUUGUUCCCCUCAGGUUUUAAUUCUAGCACCGACGCGAGAAAUUGCAAUACAAAUUAACCAAGUUGUGAAUACUAUUGGUAAAUUUGUUGGAGGGUUAUCAUCACAAGUCUUUAUCGGAGGCUUACCGGUUAAAUUGGAUAAUCAAAAAACUAAAAACUGCCACUUAGCGGUCGGAACGCCCGGUCGUGUCCUUCAACUGAUUGAAUCGGGUGCUUUAGCAACUAAAUCUAUUAGAUUAUUCGUACUAGAUGAAGCUGAUAAGCUACUCGAAAAGAAUUUCACGGAACAGCUUAACCAAAUCUUUAAGCAUUUGCCGACAUCAAAGCAAAUAUUGGCGCUAUCAGCAACAUAUCCUGAAUGUUUGACAAAAUUAUUAAUUAAAUGCAUGAAGAACCCACAAGUUAUAAGGCUGGAUAGCAAAAGACCAGUUCUUCAUGGCGUAAAGCAAUAUUUUUGUAAGAUUUCGUCGUACGCACUUUCUCAUAAAAUAUUCUCACUUAAGAUCGACAAAUUAAGUUAUAUCUUAACUAAAAUCCCUUUUCAUCAGUGCCUCGUAUUUUCAAACUACCAAACAGUGUCGGUAUUACGAGCAAUACUCCAGAAGGAUCGAAUGGAUGCUAUAAAAAAAAUGAACGAUUUUUCUUGUCGUGUAUUGAUUUCAUCCGACCUGACCGCACGAGGAGUAGAUAUCGAGAAUAUAGACCUAGUUGUAAAUUUGGAUUUACCAAAUGAUCCCGAAACUUAUCUGCAUCGAGUUGGAAGAGCAGGUCGAUUUGGUAAUACAGUAGAUUGUUUUACCCCAUUCCAGUUAGAUAUCCAAUUGAAAUACUGUAUAACAAAGCCGGGCGUUAAUCUAAUUUACGCUAGGAAGUUCCGGAAUUGCCAUCACCCUUACAACCGCUGA